AUGUCAAGCGAUUCACGUAAAAAGAAUUAUAAGAAUACAGGACUUGAUAGUGAAGAACUACGUAAACGACGUGAAGAUCUUAAUAUUACAUUACGUAAACAAAAACGUGAAGAACAGCAUUUCAAACGACGAAAUUUAGCUAGUACCAGUGAACAAGAGACACCAACAUCAUUCGAUACAAAUAGUGCCAUUGCUCCAACGACAGGACCAACUGAAUCAGUUAUUACAAGUCAAAUGGCAGCUGCUUUAUAUGGUGAAGAUGUGCAACAAAUACUUGAGGCAACUGUUCGCUUUCGAAAAUUACUUUCUAAAGAACCAAAUCCACCUAUUGAUGAGGUUAUAACAGCAGGCAUAGUUCCUCGUUUUGUUCAAUUAUUAAGUUUUCAACAUUUUCAAAUUCAAUUUGAAGCAGCUUGGGCUUUAACAAAUAUUGCAUCAGGCAAUUCAAGUCAAACAAAAUAUGUUAUUGAUGCAGGUGCUGUACCCGUUUUUGUUCAAUUAUUAAGUAGUACCAAUGAAGAUGUUCAAGAACAAGCUGUUUGGGCUCUUGGUAAUAUUGCUGGGGAUAGUCCGGAAUGUCGUGAUUAUGUUCUUGAUGCGGGUGUACUUCAACCAUUAAUAAAUAUUUUCUCACGUCAUACACGCUUAACAAUAAUACGUAAUGCUGUAUGGUGUUUAUCGAACUUGUGUCGUGGUAAAAAUCCAACCGUCGAUUUUAAUAAAGUUGCUCCAGCAUUACCAGUACUCAAUCAACUUCUUCAUAAUCUUGAUGCAGAUGUUUUGGCUGAUACUUGUUGGGCUAUUUCAUAUUUAUCUGAUGGACCUAAUGAAAAAAUUCAGGCUGUUAUUCAUGUUGUUGAUACCAGACGACUUGUUGAACUUUUAGCACAUCCGGUUUUAAAUGUUCAAUCGUCUGCUUUACGUGCUGUAGGUAAUAUUGUUACUGGUGAUGAUCAUCAAACACAGGCCGUUCUUGAUGCUGGUGUUCUUCCACAUCUUUUAACAUUAUUACAAAGUCAAAAAGAAUCAAUUAAAAAGGAAGCAUGUUGGACAUUAUCAAAUAUAACAGCUGGUGUUCAAGCACAAAUUCAAGCAGUUAUUGAUGUAAAUAUAAUCCCAUCAUUACUUAACAUUCUUAAACAUGGUGAUCAUAAAACACGAAAAGAAGCUGCUUGGGCUGUUACAAAUGCCACAUCAGGUGGUACACCACAACAAAUAAAAUAUAUUGUUGAUCAAGGAGUAAUUUCACCAUUAUGUGAAUUAUUAAGUGUUUCUGAUGCUAAAAUAAUUCAAGUUGCUUUAAAUGGUCUUGAUAAUAUUCUUAAAUUAGGUGCAGCUGAAAGUAAACGUACAAAUGGACCAAAUCCAUAUACAAUCAUGAUCGAAGAAUGUUAUGGAUUAGAUAAAAUUGAAUAUUUACAAAGUCAUGAAAACAUUGAUAUCUAUCAAAAAGCUUUUCAUCUUAUUGAAACAUAUUUUGGUGUUGAUGAAGAUGAAAAUCUCCCAGCACAAGCAGAAUCACGUCCAUUUGAAUUUGGUACUACAACAAAUAAUCCUGUACCUCCUAUGAACGGACAAGUAAAUCCAAAUAGUCAACAACCAGGUCAAUUUCAAUUUUAA